AAAAGUAACUCCAAAGUAGUCCAAACGCAGAAGCCACAAACCCUCCCUCUCCGCUGCUCCCUUCUUCCGUCUUGUCAGCCUCAUCCCCGCCGCCGCCCCGCGCCAUGGCGGCGAAGUUGCCGACGGCGGAUGUGGAGGCCGGUCUCCUCGCGCACCUCAACUCCAACGCCGAGAUCCCGGACUCCCGCACCUUCGCCUCCUCCCUCGGCGUCUCGCACAAGGAGCUCGAGGACGUCAUCAAGAGCCUCUCCGCUUUCCGCAUCGUCGAGAGCGCGGACAUCACCAAGGAGACGUGGGUGCUCACCGAUGAGGCGAAGGGGUACGCCGCGAGGGGCUCCCCCGAAGUGCAGCUCGUCGCAGCCAUCCCACCGGAGGGUGCAUCCAAGGGCGCUCUUAAGGAGAAAUUGGGGGACGUUUUCGACAUUGGAAUGAAGGCGGCCGCCAAGAAUAGGUGGAUCGGAUUUGAGAAAGGGAAUAAGGACCUCGUCUUGAGAAAGGUCGAGGACAUCAAGGAUGAGUUGCAGGGGCAGCUUAAAAGUCUGAAGAACGGAGAGGUUGUUGCUGCUAAAACAAUAGAUGAUCUGAAGAGAAGAAAGCUUAUAACAAAGGAGAAAUCUAUUUGGUACUCUCUAAAGAAAGGGCCUGAAUUUGUUGCAAAGAGAAAAACAUUGGCAACCGAUGUGACACGUGAACAUCUGAAGAGUGGUGACUGGAAGGAUCUCGAGUUCAAAGAUUAUAAUUAUGGAGCUCAGGGACAACCUAUUGCGAUAGGAUACGUACAGCCGUUAUUAGAGGUCCGUGAGGCAAUCCAGAACAUUUUUGUUGAGAUGGGGUUCAGUGAGAUGCCGACGAACAUGUUUGUAGAAAGCAGCUUCUGGAAUUUUGAUGCACUGUUCCAGCCCCAGCAGCAUCCUGCUCGGGAUUCGCAUGAUACUUUUUUCCUCAAAGCCCCUGCUACAACAACAAAAUUACCUGAUGACUAUCUUGAGAAAGUAAAGCAAGUCCAUCAAUCUGGUGGUUUUGGCUCCAAAGGAUAUGGUUAUGAUUGGAAGCGAGACGAAGCAGAGAAAAACUUGCUUCGUACUCACACAACUGCAGUUUCCACAAGGAUGCUAUACAAGCUAGCGCAGGAGAAACCUUUUGCUCCUAAGAGAUACUAUUCCAUUGAUCGUGUUUUCCGCAAUGAAGCUGUGGAUCGGACUCAUCUUGCGGAAUUCCACCAGAUAGAAGGUCUUAUUUGUGAUUACGGCUUGACACUUGGUGAUCUGAUAGGUGUAUUGGAGGAUUUCUUCUCAAGACUAGGCGUGUCAAAGCUGCGUUUCAAGCCUGCCUACAAUCCAUACACUGAACCAAGCAUGGAAAUUUUCAGUUACCAUGAAGGAUUGAAGAAAUGGGUGGAAAUUGGCAACUCAGGAAUGUUCAGACCUGAAAUGUUACUUCCCAUGGGACUGCCUGAGGGUGUUAAUGUUAUCGCUUGGGGUCUUUCACUUGAAAGGCCAACGAUGAUUCUCUAUGGCAUUGACAACAUACGGGACCUCUUUGGGCCAAAGGUCGAUUUCAACCUCAUCAAGAGUAGUCCUGUUUGCCGCUUGGGGCUGUAGUCUGCUGGUCGGAAAUUAGCUGGAGACAAUUUAGUUGAUCAGUUGCUGAAUGCGGACGCUUUGCCUUAAAAAACAAUACAUGUGACUUUAACAGAGGAAGUGCAAUAUCAUAUGUGGUUUUGUGUUCCAAAUUUGAGGUGAUGAAGCUCGGUGUCACUGUCACUGUCACUCUUGCUGUACAGCCUCCAUCUUUUGCUGUGUACCUUGUGAUUUUCCUUAACAAUGCCGACAAACAACCCUUAAAGAAAAGGCUUUGGGGUUGAAGCUAGUGAAAGGUUCGAUACCAGACUUGACCUA